AUGGGGCGAAAAUCACUAAGCAUUAUGGGCCUAUCUUGCAUUCAUGGUAUUCGGUAUCUGGUCAAACGCAUAUUGCUCAUAUUUGAGAGAUUGCUAUGGCUCGCAUUGUUGAUAGCGUCCAUAUAUUUCUGCAUAGUUGUCUCGUUGUCAUCCGUAGAUCGGUAUUACACAAAGAGCACACAUAUCGGACUCGAACGUAACUACCACUUUUGGAAUACAACACUUCCGAGCCUCACAUUGUGUCCAAUGGAGCGUUUAAAUCAAAGUUUUUUAGACAAAUUCUGCAUGGCAAAUGGUAUUGAAGGGCGAGAUAAGGCCGAAUUUGAGGAUUUUUUGGAAAAUUUGGCAAACUCUACGUACACAAAUUUUCAUAGAAUACCGCAGUAUCAAAGCACAGACGAUAUCCUUGAAAGGUUGAAUAUAAGACCUGAAAAUUACAUGGAACUAAUCUACAAUAUGACAUACGAUAGCUCAUACGAUCCAAUCGAAAAACAGCGCACACGCAGUAUUGAUGGCCAAACCAAUAUACACGUACGCCAAGUACUGACUGAAUACGGUUUGUGCUAUUUGGGCAAUUCCAAAUUGGGUGAAGAAUAUAGUUCGCGGUAUUUUAUAUUUGGUUUGUAUCCCGAGUUUAACAGGCAUGAGCACACUCGUAAACUACUGCAAGUGCAAAUUGGUUCGUUUUUUGAAAAGGAUGUGGGAUACACACUUUUGGGUCUAAGAAGUGAGGCAAUCGAUAGCUUUAUUCAUUCUCCUUUCGAUGUCAUGAAAGUUGACAAUAAUUUCGGAUAUACAGAUGAUGGGGUGGUAUACGACCCAGAAAGCCAGGAGGUGAUUGCCGAAGAGAACUUUGAAAAGGAAGCAACAAUUGCUCAACGAAAAUGCCGUUUUUAUCACGAAUCCAAUCUGACACAUUUUAAAUUUUAUACCAGAAAUAUAUGCCAGCAAGAGUGCCGCAUAAACCUGGCCUAUAAAAUUUGUAAAUGCAUUCCACAUUUUUACCCCAACCGCAUUGCAACACCGAAACAAGUCUGUAGCUAUAAAACUCUUAAGACUUGCUUUCCACAAUAUACGAGUUUGUUCCUUAAGUUGUAUGGCGACCAAAACAGCCCCAUAAAAAGGGCAACUUGUUAUUGUGAGCAAACAUGCCUUGACGCUGUUGUCACCACGAAAAGUGCAUUGCCCAUGAGAGGAUCCAGGCAGCUGCUGGGAAGCAUUGGCAGCGCUAUUUCUAUGAAGACUUGGCCACAGAAUCGAUUAAAAAGACAAGUGAUUUUCACCUUUACUGACUUAUUGGUUUCAAUUGGAAGCACUGCCGGCUUGUUUCUUGGGUUUAGUGUGUUAGGUUUAGUUGAAUUAAUAUAUUUUUUUACAAUUCGACUAAUAUGUCAAAUACUAGGCUUCAAAAUCUAA